UCAACGUGAGUGCAUCAUACAAAGAGGAGCAGCGUAACGAAGAUAAGAUAAAAUCAGUAAAUAAUCGUAAACCCUGCAUUAGGUGUGAGAUUUUUAAUAAGCAGCACAACAAACAGCCCAACCAUGGUCUCCACCUGUCGUCAAGUACUCAUUUUGCUAGCUGUCCUAGCCCUGCUUACCGCAAAUGUCUAUGCCAAUAACUCUCGACCACCAAGGAACAAUGACAUUUCGAAUAUGGCAGAUGCUAUGAAGUAUCUGCAAGAUUUGGAUACCUAUUAUGGUGAUAGGGCAAGAGUAAGGUUCGGCAAGAGAACGGCUUUGCUGCAAAUGCUACGAAAUCAUUUCACCAAUGAUGGCGAACAAAUGGGACAUCCUUUGGACAUGGCCAAUGUGGAAGAGCCUUUUUAAGCACACACACACACACAUGACAACACACAUACACAAGCCAAACCAAGUUACACCAGAAUAAAACAAAACUAAAGGCACCUUGCAUAUCCUCUUUGCGCCGUUGAAGACAACAUUCAUUUCGAAAUAUUUAUUGUAAAUACGAGUAUUAUUGAUAUCCAUUAUGAUUGAUAAUUGAUGAUGAUGAGUGAAAAUGAAACCAUAAAAUAUUUAUUUUAAUUAACUAUUUAUUAAAGGCAUUUUGAUUUUCCUUAAAGUUACAGUUUAACAUUACUAAGUGUAGUACAUUAAAAAAA